AUGGCAGAACGAGACAGUUGGUACGACGAUUUGAUGCAACCCUCAGAGGCAACAGUCGAACUCGAAACCUACCCCACAGCCUUCAACGACUUGGAAAGCGCCAACUCAAGUAGAACUCAUGGCCCUGGAGUUUUUGUGCCUCUGAACCCGGCGGCAUCUGAAUUUAUCCCUUCUAGCUCCACUGUCUUGCAAGACUCAGCACUUCCGAGCAUGGAGCCGCCAUCGGUGCCUAGCACAUAUCUGAUAGCGAGUACAAUAGCCAGCACGGAGAUCACAGCCCAGACUACUAUUCCUAGCGAGAAACCGAACCAGAGCGACAAGAAGCAAGAAGCCGAUAGCCCAGCUUUAACGCCAUCAAGCCCCUUAAGGGAAAAAGAUGAGGAUCACGAUGAUCAAGCUUCAAUUACCUCUGUGGGUUCUGCUACCUACACGCCGCAACAGAGGAAAGACGCCAUCGAAAGAUUUUCUGGGGCUGUGCGCAAGAAGCUCAACCAUAGCAUGCUCCAUCUUGUGGCUGAUGAUGUUUCUCGCCCUCUUGUUGUCUCCCAGUUCCGCAAGGCUAUCAAAGACUUCACCCAGGCCGUCAAUGUAGACGAGUCUAUAAAAGCACAGAUACAAGGAGUCAAGAUGAUACGCAGAUUGAGAUCUGAGAUUGCUAUGAAAUUACAUGACUCACUGGUGGGAUUAACUCAAGAAAAGGAGGAGGAGGAGGGCGCGCUCAAUGAUGGCGCUCUCGGCGAUGGUGCGCCGCUGGGACUGGCGGAGAAAAUGCGAAGCUGGCUUCCGGAAACAAAUGUCGCCGGCUUGCCUGACCAUGUUGAAGCAGAUGGUCUCCCAUUAUAUAAUCAACCCCCCAGCGAAGCAUGGUAUGAUGAUCGAUCGAGCGUCAGUUUCGGAGAGGGAUCUGAGGAUGAGACAGAAGUCGGGUUCAAGCUCGAAGGUGCGCCUAGCAUCUACGGGCAAUCAGUUGACCUAUUGGCGGUCCUGAAGACUUUGACGGAUCAGCCAGCAUUCGAACAGCUCAUCCACACGGUAGAAAGCUGCAUACAACAGUACCAUUGUGAAAAGAUGCAUUUGAUACGGCAAAAAACGUCGCUCUCUCUGAGACGUUACUACCCUCAGCGCGAAGGGGAAAAUACUAUUCUUGGUGCUGUUUUUAAUGUUGAAUGGGACUUGAAGGGCUUCCUUGUUGAGAACUAUCAACAAGGUAUACAUCAAGAGCUCGGGAAAGUAAUAUCAAUUACCGGCACUAUUGAGACAGCCAGGCUAUGCUCAGUGAGUCAGUAUAUGAAGUGGUGUUGGCUCCAUGAGAGUCCUCAGCUUCUCAGGGCUCUCGAAAAGGCGAUACCGGAGAGUAUGCUGGCCAGGAAGACUUGGGCCGGUCUUCUGUCAGAUAUUGCAACGAGAAAUAAGAUUACUAUCGAUCCAUCCUUGCGAACUUUAAAUGUUUCAGGGACCGAAAGUUUUAUCAUAAAGAUAGCUCAGCAGAUCUCGUGGCUAGCUGCUGCUUUUCAGGAGAAGAAGGAGAGCCUCACUUAUGCGUAUGUGGGAUUUAGUGAGGCCACUCAGCCGGCCGCCGGCUUGCAAGUCCCAACCUUCAACAUCGAAGUCCAACUCCAUGUACUGCCAGAAAACGCCAAGUCAAAAAUGUGUUGGAAUUCUGUCAUAGGCCCUGGCAUCAUUAUAAGAGGAUUCCCUUCACCCGAGAGGAAGCACAACGAGUGCGGACUGGAGGCAUCAAUUCGAGUCAUGACACAGCUUCUGGGCCUGCAUAAAGCAGUCACCUUUAAAGGUGGUUAUGUCUUUAAAGGAAGAUACACAGCUCUCAUUCCAGUAAAGAUGUUCCAGAACUCCAUUCAGUGGCAUGUCGUGGACGUGUAUCCACGUAAGCUUGAAUGGACUGACAUUGAUGCGCUCUGCCCCAUUCGCCUCCUCAGGUACGCCAAAGCAGGCUUCUUUCUCGACACUAGAUCAUUUAUUGGAUGGUGUCCGACAGUUCUGGAGACUCUCGCAACAAGUGACUACGAAUACGAUCGAGUCCUCUAUUCACAAGCAAGCGUGCCACAUAGGUGGGCUCAAGUCGAUAAACUACAGGUCGGUUUUAGUCAAUGGGGUACAGUUACGGCUGAAGUCACUGUGGGGAAGAAGGAUGGAUAUUUUUGCCAGCGACAGGAUGACUACGAUGCUCUCCUAGACGAUGCCAAGAACACGCAUAUCAUCCUAUAUGAUACUGUCCAGAGAAGGGCUACACAGACUAAUGCAGAAGACUUAAUCUUGCACGUUCUACACCAUCAACGGAACAAGAAAAGCAAAGAUACACAUCCGGAUACAUCUGACCAAGGCCAAGAUCUUGAUUUCGCGCACCCUGAUCGAAGAGUGAUCUCAACCCGUGAGGUCAUGCUCAGGAAUGCCGAAAGAGUAUAUUGUCAUCGCCGUCCAUUGUCAAGCUCUGAGCCUAAACCAUGCCUUUUUAAGCAUGAGUUCGAGUCACUUUAUGCUACUAUUGAUGGACUCUGGGCCCAGGAUUAUCUCAAUUCAAAGUCCUACGCAAUGAAGUUGGGCCUAAGCCUGAAGCCCAGCAUCAGCGGAUGGGAGUACAUGGACCUCGUUGAGCCCAGGAGAUGGAUGCCGCCAAAGACGACGAAUUUGACAAAUAAGUGCGGUCGUUGGAAUGAAUACGCAAGGGACAUUAAAGCUCUGAUAUUUUUUGGAUCCGGCUUUGGCGAUAUCCUAAGCGCUGCUUCGCCUCCAAACGUCUGUCCCGCACUCACUUCUGUUCCGAAAGGCCAUUUCUGUUUAGGCAUUCGAGUCGAUACUCUGGAACGACUUUUCACCGUUCAAGGUUCUUUAGAAGACCAGGCGAGGCUUACUGCAAGCGGCCUAGCCUUAUCUGGCUCUACCGAGCUUUUCAGAGUAAACGACGGAACACCUGGGCAGCGAUGUGGUCCUCGACGGUUGGUACAGUUUAUCAAGCCAAGGCUUACAAAGGGGGAACAUAAUUCGCUUCCUCUGAAAACAAACGGCGCAGUUAUCAUUGGUGGCAUUGAAGACAGCGUUCUGCAUAAGGACUGUGUUCUGGAGGGGACUAAGAAAAGUUCUGGGAGAAGUUCUAAGUGGGUGCGAUUGGAUUAUUAUGCUUCCUCUAUACCUAUGAGGCCAAGACCAACUACGUACUAG